AGUGGCAGGACAGCUGGGCGCCAAGUGAAUUGCAUUUAUGAUGUCUGCCAGUGCGCGUGAUAAUGUGUACGUUGUGCUCCCUAUCUCCUUGGCGUUAACAGUCAAAUACAUCACGAGACGCUUUAUAAUGGAAUAUGAUCCCGAUAUGGAGGGAACUUAUACGAAACACGAGGAAUGGGAGACCCAGGAUCUUAUUGUACACAUCAUGGACACGUGCGACAAAGAGGACGGUGACCCCAACCGGUACACGAAAUGGGCAGACGGCUUCAUGGUGGUGUACAGCAUAACCAGCCGGCUGAGCUUCCACAAGGCGCGGGAGUACCUGGAGAUCAUCACGAACUACCUGAAGUCAAACUCCAGAGACAGUCCAGUCGCCCUGGUGGGCAACAAAAUAGACCUGGAGAGAUACAGGCAAAUCAGCAAAGCGGAGGGUACAGGCCUGGCCACAGAGUUCGACUGCAUGUUCUUCGAGAUCACAGCGGCCGAGGACUUUGAGGAUGUGGAGGACGUUUUCCACCGGAUAAUCCACGACAUUCACCAGGAGAAGUACGGCCACCUGCUGCAACCUCUCUUCAUCUCGGAGGAGAAAGGCUCCGCGUUCAACCCUCUGCACCAGAGGCGGCCGAAAUCGCCGAAAGGUGCGCAAGAGAAAAAAGACGAGAAAAACGCGGUCAAGAAAACACCGACAACUUUCAACAAGUUCUUCAAAAUAUUUAACUGAUAUAUAUACGUAUGCUUCUGGCAUUUAAUAAUGUUGUACAGCUCACAAAUCUUGACCUCAUAUUUAUGGGAGUUUUUUUUUUUUUUUUGAGGGGGUGGGUGGUAGGGGUGGAGUGGGUAUUUGUGACGUCCUCUGGCAAGACGGUUGUGUUGUAGGAGUAUGGUGCUCUUUUUUGGAAACUGGUUUGAGGAAUGUACGAGCUCAAUGGAUAUUACAAAUAUUCCAGACAUGAUAUUUAAUCAUGUUUAAAAGAAUAGCAUACCCUAGCAUUGCCAAUCCUCAUGUAUCAGUUAACAAAUGUACGUGGGAGAGAUGUAAAAAAUUUAAACAUACUUCUUGUACAAUUAUUAAUUUCACUGCACAUAUUUUGUCCAUUAAUGUUAUUCGUUUUGAAAAUUAAAAACCCUGGCUUAGCUAAA